AUGGAUCAGAAAGACAAGGAACUUGAAAAAGCGAAAAUUGCUGAACAAGCUGAGCGAUACGAUGACAUGGUAGAGGCAAUGAAGGAAGUCGUCGAACUCGCCAAUGGCGACCUCAAAGACGAGGAGAGAAACUUACUGUCAGUCGCUUACAAGAACGUAGUUGGAGCGAGAAGGAGUGCGUGGCGAAUUUUAAAGAGCGUGGAAGAGAAGGCAAGCGAAGACAAGAAAAAACAAUUAGCAACUGAUUACCGCUUGAAAAUUGAAGGAGAACUGAACGAUAAAUGUGACGAAGUCUUGACAUUAAUCGAGGCACAACUGUUUCCAAGCGCUCAAAAGAGCCAAUCGGAAAAUGCCGCCGAAGCUAGAGUGUUCUACUUGAAAAUGAAGGGCGAUUACUAUCGCUACAAAGUCGAGAUUCUUAAAUCUGACGGUGGUGAUGCUUCAUUUACGGCGUUGAAAGAUAUGUCACUGGCUGCGUAUGAGGAAGCGGGUAAGGAGGGUCAAACUCUUAAACCAACACAUCCAAUUAGGCUCGGGUUGGCACUAAAUUUUUCAGUUUUCUAUUACGAGAUCGCUAUGGAAGCAAGUAAAGCUUGUCAAGUUGCGCAAACGGCAUUCGAUGAUGCAUUGGCUGAUUUGGAACAAGUAGCAGAUGAUACCAGUCACAAGGAUAGCACUUUGAUAAUGCAACUUCUUCGUGACAAUUUAACUCUUUGGAGUCAGGAAAAUAUGGAGGAAAAGGAUGGUGAAGGCGAAUGAAACCUCUUGUACAUUUGUUUUCUCUUAAAAGUAAAGUAAAAGAAACGAUGUGCUUAUAGCAAAAUUAAUUAUUAUAAGAGGCUGUUAUUGCUACACAAAAGCAAAGAUGAUUCUGAAGGCUGACCUAAAUGCAUUUAGAUAUUAUAUUUUCCCAGUCUAUCGGCUGGUACUUUUUAAAACAAGUUUAGUUUGACUGAAGCCAGAAUAAUAGUGACAUCUUUUGUGUAGAUUGCUCUGAGGAACAUUUACAUGUAAACUCUUCCCUCCCCCCCCCCCCCCAAGAACAUCUAUAAAUUUAUUUAAAAGAGUUGUUCACAUCAUAAAACCGCCAAAGAACUGAUGAUUUGUUUUAAGAGAUUUUAUGCAAAAGUAAGGAUUGGAAUUAAGAAAUAUUAGAAGUGGAUAAAAAGCAAUAUUAUUGGUUUUUGUGUGAUGUGAAAUGAGGAUCUCAAAGGUUGUUUAAUUAAAUUAUGUGAUACUCUGCCUCAAACAUCAUCCAAUAAUGUUCAUGAUCAACCAAUGUAAAUGAGUUUUUGUUUAUAACUCACUUCUCCUCAAUUGUAUGCAAGAGCAGAUGCCUUUUUUGGCUCUUGUGUUUACCUGCUGGGGCAAACUCUUUUCUCCUCGCUACUUGCAGUUGGGAUUAACCGAGAGUGCCAGGCCUCCCGCAUGGCUUUUCUUGAAGGACAGUUCAUGUGGUUGGAGUUUUCUAAUAUUGUUUCUGUGGUAACUAAUAAAUUUUACUUGAACAUAAAGGACACCAUCUUGUUCCCAGAAGGCUGGGCUGGUGCACAGAUUAGUUUUAUGACCUGAAAGUGGCCUGAGUUAGAUACUAAUGUUGUAAAUAGCCCCAAUUUCUUCUCCUUCUUUCAUAUGAACACCAGUCACUAGCUUGACUUUAUCUAAUCAAAGGUAGUAAUGUUUAGUGCAGUUACAACUUGUUACUGAUUAUUGUCACUAAUUCCUCUAGGCACUGCAGAGGCAAUAAAACUCUAGUAGUAGUGAUUAUUACUUGGAAUUAAGUGUUGAAGCUUCAUUCUGGGAAUGUACAGUAACAUUGAUAGUUGAAUUUGAGAGGUUGUAUUACAAAACCCAUACUUUCCCUGUUCAUUUCCAGUUGAAGGACAAUCUGUGUGGCAGUUAAUUCAGUGGUCAAAGAAAGUAGUUUCCAAUUGUCUUGGACAGGUUAGACUGCAUCACAGACGGAAUUUACUCUUGGUUAGUAAUGUCUGUGAAGCAACACCGAGAUCCUUGUUCUGAGCUUCCAGUGGACUGUGUUCAGACACCCCCUCGCCUCGAAAAAAAGAAAAAAAAUGGGGAUUUGAGAGAGUUUCUCUCCCCGAUUUUAAUGAGGGAAGGGAGGGUCUGUACACAGGCUAGCUAUCCCAAGGGUAAUGUAUGCUUGCUGUUACAGAAUUAAGCAAAUGCCCGGGGGGGGGGGGGUACUCCCUUCCAAGAGGCUAAUAGGGAUAUAAUUAGUUUUGAUGAGUUCUAGUGGAAUAAGUGUGAUGUCGUCAGGAGAGUGAUCAUUUGUAAGAAAGUGUUCUGAGACUGUUGGGUUUGGAGAUACUGGAUGGGUUGUCAACUGGUCUGCGGUGUUCGUUGAAACGGUCUUUGAGUCAUCGUUUGGUUUCACCUAGGUAUUGUUUGGAGCAGUGGUUGCAUUGCAUCAUGUAAAUGACGUUUUUUGAGUUGCACCCGAUGUGAUGAGUGAUAGGCUAGGUCUGGUUUCAUCUGUAGAAAUCUGUAGAGUGGAAUCUGUAUGAACUUUGUCCCGUCGGAUUUGCAUUUGAAAGUGAGACAGUUUUUUGCGCAUGGGUAUGAGCCCCAGGGCUGGUUGUGUUGUGUAGGAUUUCGAAGUUUGGCACUAACUAUAGCCUGCGUAGCAAGCGUUUCCGUUUGGUUUCAGAGCAAAGAAAGACCGGUUUUGGCCGCGCGAGAAAUCUGAAACGAGAGCCAAAAAAUGAAAGAGGGGAGAGAGGGAGGGGAAGGAAGGAAACCUUCUUUCCUGUCUUCCCCACCCCCUCCCCGCUCUUUUAGUUGCGCCAUUUUUUGAGCAGUCUUUGACUCUCUUUGGGUUCGGAAAUGAGGUGACCCAUCCCUGCAACGGGAGUGAAAUUUGCUAACCCUCCCCUUGAGCUUGGCCUAAAAUAUCUGUGACCCUCCCUCUCUUGUACAGGCAAAUUAUGUUUAUGGAUACAUUUGUCUAGAACACAUACACGCUGUUUUGCUAGUCUUCCACUAUUACACCAUUACCAUCCAGUCAAAUUCGUCAUAAGACAUUGUGUUCUCUUUCAAAUUCUUGUUUUUUUUCUCUUCUCACUCAUAAUUUCUAAAUGAUUUAAAUGUUCUAGGUAUUUUUUUCACAAGACUUUCUUCAACAAUGUAUCUGUUGCAAAAGGUCUGAACACUUGCAUUAUCCUCGAUGAUACUGAUUUCAUUCUUUUUGUGGACUCGCUGUGAACGUGCUCCAGGGUGACAAUCAUCCACUUCUCUUCUUUUACCGUCGUCUGCAUUUGUGAUGGGUGUUUCUGCAACAGGCAGUAUAGUGAUACUUUGGCAGUUUGUUGAUGUCUGGAACUGGACGAAGGGUGGGAUCCACUGACUCAUUUCACAAUACUCGUGAAACAUUUCUCCAGUAAUCAUACACGAUUCUAUGAAGUCAUCUAAGUUUUUGAAAAAGAUGUGUCCUGGGACUUUUCCUUUUCUCGCCUCCGACUUUGAAGCAUUGUAUUGCUGAAUAUAUUCGGUAUCGAAAAGGAACUGCUGUUCUUUACGAUUGGUAACAAAGGCCUUCAUACAGUCACCAGCUGGUCCAGGCUCGCCAUCGAUUCUUGACACAACAUCCUGGGCAACUCUCCCUGCAGUAGGCUCCACUACUUCUGCCUCUUAGCUCUUUUAUUUCUUCAACUGUGAGUGCUUUCACGCAGUUCUUCUUCACUAAUGAGAUCGGUUGGUUGAAAGUAUUCCCAGUGUAAUGCUCUGCCAUCAACCAAAGCUUGACCUAUAGCAGCCUGGAACGCUCCGCUUCGUUUUGUCCUGAAUCGUGUGGUGCCCUGUGAAUCCUGUUCAUGUUAGUCCAGGUAUUAAAUCCCUGACAUCUCAAUGUCUUGAAGGCACCAACCCUUGGACCAGCAUCCGUUGCUUGCAAAAUGUGGUCACAGAGUGGUAACAACUUGAGGCUGUUGAUGAAUGCAAUCGCAGCAUCACCAAGAUUAACAGCCUUUUCUUGAUGUUCCCAGAGAGUAUUUGCACUUAAUGUUAAGCUGGUCAAGGCGAUUUCGUCAUUCACUUCCUGGAUGUUGUUGAUAACGCCUAUGAGCUCAGUUCCACUGGCAUCUUCAUGGUGGGUCAGUGUUUCUUUCUCUUCAUGGAACUGAUACUGACUGCUUCAGACAGCUGCUUUUUCAACCACUUCAGCUUUUUCAUUUCAUAUUCUUUAAACUGACAAUAGGUGUCACGUGUUACACACAUGACGUCACUUCUGAGUGUGUAGAUUUAGACUUCACAGUUUAGAUCCACAAUGUUUCGUUCUUCUUGUUUUUUUUUCUUUUUUACCAAAUAAAGAACUUCCUUUAUCUUCUGUGGGUGAGCCUUUACAUUAUCACGGGCAUAUAUUUGCAUUAACCCCCCCCUCUUUAACGGCCCAUUUUUCAUGACCCCUCCUUUUUCUGAGUCUCAAAAAGUUGUGACCCUCCCUCUGUUUCCACCCCCUCUCCACUGCUAAUUUCUGACAAGUCCACGGCUUGGUACCUAACACUUUUGGGAACGCGGGGAUGGGAAUCGCUCGACAUAUCACCAAUACGGUAAUGAUUCUUGGAACAACAAUCACGGUAAACAUUCCCAAAAUAGCCCACUCUUGGAACAACAAUCAAUCAGUUGAAAUUGCCUCGUGCAGACGAUAGGUCAAUAAGAACCUGAAUUUUUCAAUUUAGUCCCUUAAAAAUGGUACAUUUAGGCCCAAAAAAAUAGGUUCCAUAUGAAUUUACAGUAUAAAUCAUUUAUUUGUACCAUACAGCAAUGCCUAAUUGGUUCAGUGCAGGUACAGAUAUGUCCUUAAAAAACAUCAAAGAAACUUGUUGAUAUUUCAUAACAAGCUUAAAAAUGAAAACAAAGUCAUGAUCUUAAUUCAGCAGUUUCUACCUAUACACUUUUACAGCAACCCCACUGAUAAGAACCUAACUUAAAUUUUAGCCUAAAUAGGUUUGUAUGUGGAGGGGGCUUAAAAUGAAAAUUUUAGCCUAACAGGUUCUUAAAACGCAGGUUCUUAUACGCGGGCUAUUACUGUGACUAAACUCUGAUUUAACGGAGUUAACCAGAGUUUAAUUUCGUCCGCGCGCAGGCUAGUUGAAAUUUUGCUGAAGCCAAAGAUUGACAGAGUACAUAAAAAUUAUCUUACACCCGAAAUUUGAGAGGAAACGCAUUUAAGGGAAACAUUUUAUGGCACUUUGAUUUUUCAACAAAGGUGUAUGAUUUGUAUUGGCCGCCAUGUUGGAGGGCAUACUCUUGCCCUCCAACAUGGUGGCCAAAACUACUUCCUGCGUGUAUCCUGUUAAAUAUUUUCUAGUUACGCUCAAAUGUGCUGUAAACGUAACUACAUCAUCUUUUCAACAUUUUCCCUUAAGUUUAAGUGUCCAGAAAGAGGUAUUGUAAAAAUCAGAUUUUGGUCACGUGACCAGCUACGAACUUACUCAUUUUAAGAAAAUGGUGCGGGUUUGAAAAACCAAAUCGCUAUUAUUUUGUUUAAGAUGUGACCCACUAAUCGAAUUUCGAAGGAAAAAUCAUAUAACUUUCAUUUUCAUAAAACGAUGUCACUUGACAUCUUAGUGCAACUAUUACCGUUCCAUGUUGGAAUGUGUCGCGCCCUGGUUGAAUAAUUUCCCGGUUCAUGAAUACCCCGGAUGUUUCUCAUAGAUAUGAUUGGUAGAUUGCUCACGUGUACUCCACUCUGGAGUUCGAGAAGGCAGCUCCUGUCUGUGGCGUCCAUAUUAAAUUCAAAGUUGUAGGUAGUAUUCAAGGCGUCUUUAUCGCGAAGAUGAAAACAAGAGAAGAACUUGUACUCGAAGCGAAAUUAGCUGAACAAGCUGAGCGUUAUGAUGACAUGGUAAAAUCGAUGAAAUCUGUCGUAGAAAAUGCAGAAGGGGACCUUAGUGAUGAAGAGAGGAAUUUGCUGUCCGUUGCUUACAAGAACGUGGUUGGAGCGAGAAGAUCUGCUUGGCGAAUUGUGCACAGUCUCGAAGAAAAGACAGAAGACUCGUCCAAAAAGGACUUGACAAAAAGUUACCGUAAAAAAGUCGAAGAAGAACUCAACGAACAGUGCAAAGAAGUCUUGGAGUUGAUCGAUAAUCAUCUCAUGAGCAAGAUGGCAGAUAGUGGCGACGCAAAGCAACGUGAAGCCAAAGUGUUCUACUUAAAAAUGAAAGGCGAUUACUAUCGCUACUUAGUGGAGAUAGAAAUUGACGGAAGCGAGGCACGAAAAGAAAACGCUGACAAAUCAAGUGCAGCAUAUGAAGAGGCAGUAGAAGAAGCGAAACAGUUGAGCACAACUCAUCCAAUUCGUUUAGGUUUGGCGCUUAAUUACUCGGUUUUCUACUACGAGAUCAUGAAUAAUGCGAAAAAGGCCUGCGAAACUGCGAAAAAGGCUUUUGAUGACGCCAUUGCUGAAUUAGAUGGAAUAAAGGAAGAAUCCUACAAGGAUAGCACAUUGAUCAUGCAACUUCUUCGUGACAAUCUAACGCUUUGGACUAGCGAAACAGAUCAAGAUGAAGAUGCAACUGAAGAUUGA